CCCGCCGCAUCAGCUUCCUCCCGGCUCCUCUUCUUGCUCACGCUGCUGCAGCUGCACGGGCCUCGUCGCUGUUUCUCCUACACACCAGGCACGUCCUGCCCCAGGGCCUCUGUGCGUGCAGUUCCUGUCGGCCUGGAAUGCCUGGCCCGCCUCCCGAGCUCGGCUUCUCCUCUGGUCUCUGCUGGAGGGUGACCUUGUCAGCGAGGCUCCCGACCUCCCAGUUCACAUCGCAGACGCUCACACCACCAACCACCCUGUGGCUGACCGUCACAGUUACUGCCUGAGACUGUCAUUACUGCAGUUACUACUGUUACUGCCUGAGACCGUCAUUACUGCAGUUACUACUGUUACUGCCCGAGACCAUCAUUAUAAGACUGAACGAAGGGACAAAUGUAGAAAAUGAUAAGAAACAAAAGAAACUUUUAAAUAGAAAUGAAAACUUAAAAGUAACUAUUUUAAAGGAAGGGCAACAUGGGGAAGAAAAGAGAGAAGAAAAGAGAGAAGAAGGGGCCGGGCGCGGUGGCUCACGCCUGUAAUUCCAGCACUUUGGGAGGCCGAGGCAGGCGGAUCACAAGGUCAAGAGAUCGAGACCAGCCUGACCAACAUGGAGAAACCCCGCCUCUACUAAAAAUACAAAAUUAGCCGGGCGUGGUUGCGCAUGCCUGUAAUCCCAGCUACGCGAGAGGUUGAGGCAGGAGGAUCACUUGAACCUGGGAGACAGAGGUUGCAGUGAGCUGAGAUUGCGCCACUGCACUCCAGCCUGGGCAACAAGAGUGAAACUCCUUCUCAAAAAGAAAAAAAGAAGAAGAAAAGGGCUCCCUGCUCCUAGUGAGCAAAGGCAGCUUCCUGAGCUUCUACAGCCCUUAGUAUUUAUUGGGUAACAAGAGCAGGGAGGAGGAGGUAAUGAUUGAGCAGCUGCUUAAUUGAUCACAGGUUCAUAUUGUUACUGACAGGCUUCAAUAAUGCCUAAUCAUAAGAAACAUUUGUGCCUGGGUGGUGACGGCCCUCAGCAGCUCUUCUGCGCAGCAGACACACUUUGUCAGCUGGCCAACAUUCUGCAUUUAUGAGAACAGUUUGCUGUUUACUCAUAUAGCCCCAGUGCUCUACUGAGUUGAUCACGGCCCUCACUCUUUCGGCCUCCAACACCCCCUUCGCCCACGUUUCCUCCAUAGCACGACGUGCCCUCUGCACUCACCACCACCUCAGGACACCAGCCCGGGCCCCAUCUACUUCUUGGACCCCAAAGUCACACGCUUUGGCCGCAGCUGCACCCCUGCCUACUCCAUGCAGGGCCGGGCCAAGUCUCGGGGUCCGGAGGUGACGCCAGGCCCUGGGGCCUACAGCCCAGAGAAGGUGCCCCCUGUGCGCCAUCGGAAACCGCCGGCUUUCACCCUGGGCUGCCGCCUCCCUCUGAAGCCCCUGGACACCUCAGCCCCUGCCCCUAAUGCCUACACCAUGCCUCCUCUGUGGGGCUCACAGAUCUUCACCAAGCCCAGCAGCCCCAGCUACACGGUGAUGGGCCGCACACCCCCCGCCCGCCCCCCACAGGAUCCUGCUGAGAUACCAGGCCCGGGCCAGUAUGACAGCCCGGACGCCAACACCUACCGCCAGCGCUUGCCUGCCUUCACCAUGCUGGGGCGGCCCCGGGCCCCGCGCCCCCUGGAGGAGACCCCCGGCCCCGGCGCCCACUGCCCAGAACAGGUCACCGUGAACAAAGCCAGGGCUCCAGCAUUCUCUAUGGGCAUCCGCCACUUGAAACGGGCCAGCACCAUGGCCGCCACCAUGCCCUCCCGGCCUGCGGGGCACAGGCUGCCCGGCCGCUGCUGCUAGGCCAGGCCUGUUUUCCACACGGUGAACGGGGGCGGGCAGGUCUCUCCUGGGGCCUGGCUUUGGCUGGAGGGGCUAGAAGCCGAGAGGGGCUGGGAAGAGAGUCUUCCCUCCUCUUCCUGAACUGUCCAGGUCCUUCUAGGACACCUGAUCCUUCCAGUCCCUGGGGGCUGUGACCCAUGGCUGUGCAGGGUGCAGGGUGAGUCUCCUUCCAGUGCCCCAGUUUCUUCCAGUUUCUUCCAGGUCACACCAGGCCAGGCCAGGCCAGGCGGGGAAAGGGACACCUUCCGGCCCUCCCCAGUAGCUGGCUGGAGACGGAGCUUCCUGUGUCCUAGAACUCGGCGUCCAGCCCCACUAGGGCCUGGGUCCCCAUCACAGCUUGGGUUAACCCCGGUCCCAGCCCAAAUUCAGGCUGGAGGCAGCCCUGAGGCCUGUGCCUUUCCCACUCCACCUUCUACAGUUGCUUAGCCAAUAAACCUUUCCUGGGCUGGAGAGCUGUCAGCAUCGCA